CUUCACUUAAACACACACUCAAAUUUUCUUCUUCAAAAAAAAAAAUAAAAAAUGGAGCGGAACUGUGUGCUUACUCUAGCUUUAAUCUGCCUCAUUGUCGCCGGAGUCGGUGGUCAAUCACCGGCAGCAGCUCCGACUACUACUCCGGUGACACCUGUAACUGCCCCUCCUGCUAAAGCACCGGCAGUAAACCCUAAAUAUCCUGCUCCUGUAGCUGCACCUGUAUCUUCACCACCGGCAGCUGCACCGACUAAAUCAGCGGCUACUCCAGCUCCGGCUGUAGCUACUACACCUCCACCAGCGGUUACUCCAGUUAGUUCACCACCACCAGCUAGCUCUCCACCGCCAGCUCCAGUUCCGGUUAGCUCACCACCGCCAGCUGCUCAAUCUCCACCAACACCUGCUCCUGUUGCUGCUACACCGCCAGCUGCUCCUGUCUCCGCACCUCCCGCCGCCGUCCCUGUCUCAGCUCCCACCGCCGCUGAUGUUCCUGCACCAGCACCUAGCAAGAAGAAGAGUAAGAAACACGCUGUCUCUCCCGCUCCUGGCCCUGACAUGUCAAGCCCUCCCGCUCCUCCGAUGGAAGCUCCCGGUCCUAGCCUCGACGCCAGCUCACCCGGUCCAACCGUCGCCGAUGAUAGUGGUGCAGAAACAAUACAAAAAAUGGUUGGAGGAUUGGCAUUGGGAUGGGCAGUGUUGGCUUUGAUUUUCUAAAGAGCCAAACAUGUUCUUCAUUUUUAUCUUCAUGUCCUAUUGCUGGUGCUGCUGUUGUUAAAUUAUUUUUAAUUUAAUUGCCCCCAUUUUGGACUCACACAUUUUGAUAAAAUUUAUUUUAUAAUUUUAAUUGUUUGGUUAUUUUACUGGGCUACUACUGGUUUCAAUUAUUGUGUCUAGGCAUUAAUCACACACUGGCUAUGUAUGUAUUCUUUGAGAGAGGGGGACUUUGUAUCAUUGUUUAUUAAUCAUUAUUUCACUUCCCAAUUUAAUUUUUUAA